UGCAGCAUCGCUCUGCGCUAUAGCACAACAACGCGCGAGACCGUGCUCACCUUCACGUGUGUCUUUUUUUUACAAAAUACACGUUUAUCAUUUAUUAUUUCUUUAUUCCGUGAUGCGUAACCGGAAAUGUUCCAAACCGGAGCUCCACCUGCGCACAGAUGCUCUCUCUCUCUCUCUCUCUCUCGCGCUCUCUCUCUCUCUCUCUCUCUCUCUCUCUCUCUCUCUCUCUCUCUCGCGCUCUCUCUCUCUCUCUCUCUCUCUCUCUCUCUCUCUCUCUCUCUCUCUCUCUCUCUCUCUCUCUCUGUCUGAACUGCAUUAGAGAGCACCAACACCCACAGAGUAGCACUGUCCCCAUCCCUCCAUCCUCUUGUACCGUGUCUCUCAGUACCAUGCUGCUCUGCUGAGAUUCUCUCCCUCUCUCUCUCUCUCUCUCUCUCUCUCUCUCUCUCUCUCUCUCACUUUCUCUCUUUCUCCUCCAAAAUGAGCCGUUUUCUGUCUAAGUUGGACCCCAGGCGAAUCCAGUGGGGAGCAUUCAGCUCUCGUGUCCUCCGCACCAAGCCGGUGGAGUCCAUGUUGGAAAGUGAGAGUAGCACUAAAUUGGCACGUGUCCUGACGACCUUUGACCUCGUCUCCCUUGGUGUUGGCAGCUGUGUCGGCACGGGAAUGUAUGUUGUAUCCGGGCUUGUUGCUAAGGAAAUGGCUGGCCCAGGGGUCAUCGUGUCCUUUAUCAUUGCUGCCGUGGCCUCCAUCCUGUCAGGUGUGUGUUAUGCAGAGUUUGGGGUGCGUGUGCCAAAGACCACGGGUUCUGCAUACACCUACAGCUACGUAACGGUGGGCGAGUGUGUGGCCUUCUUCAUCGGCUGGAACCUGAUCCUGGAGUAUCUGAUCGGCACGGCGGCCGGAGCGAGCGCUCUCAGCAGCAUGUUCGACUCGCUCGCUAACCACAGCAUCAGCUCCUUCAUGAUCAGUCAUGUGGGAACACUCAAUGGCCUCGGUAAAGGUGAGGAGUCGUACCCCGACAUCUUGGCCCUCUUCAUUGGCGUCCUUGUCACGGCCAUCGUGGCUUUGGGAGUGAAGAACUCUGUUGGCUUCAACAACGUACUGAACAUCAUCAACCUGCUCGUCUGGGUCUUCAUGAUGAUUGCUGGGUUUUUCUUUGUCGACAGCUCCAACUGGGAUGGAGGACGUUUCCUGCCAUUCGGCUGGUCAGGGGUGAUGCAGGGUGCAGCAACGUGUUUCUACGCCUUUAUUGGCUUCGACAUCAUCGCUACAACAGGAGAGGAGGCCAAGAGUCCUAACACCUCCAUCCCCUACGCCAUUACAGCAUCACUCAUCACCUGUCUCACUGCCUACGUGUCUGUGAGUGUGAUCCUCACCCUGAUGGUGCCCUACACCCUGAUCGAUGCCGACGCUCCCCUGAUGGAGAUGUUCUCUCAGCACGGCUUUUAUUCUGCCAAGUAUGUGGUGGCUCUCGGCUCCAUCGCUGGACUCACCGUCAGUCUCCUUGGCUCGCUCUUCCCCAUGCCACGAGUCAUCUACGCCAUGGCCGGGGACGGCCUGCUCUUCAGGUUCCUGGCUAACGUGAGUUCAUAUACGGAGACACCGGCGGUGGCGUGUGUGGUGUCUGGGUUCCUUGCCGCCCUUCUCGCGCUGUUAGUGAGUCUGCGUGAUCUGAUUGAGAUGAUGUCCAUCGGCACGCUGUUGGCUUACACGCUUGUCUCCGUGUGUGUGCUGCUGCUACGUUACCAGCCUGAAAGCGACAUCCACGGCUUUGUCAACUUCCUUUCUGAACAGGAAGUGGCCAGGAAGAGGGAGAAUGAGGAGAAGGAGGAAUAUGAAGAAGGUGAUGAGUACACUGUCGAUGACGGUGGUGGUUGCAUCUCAACAAACACCUGUGGCGCUAAGAAUCUCCCUUCGCUAGGUGACAAUGAGAUGCUAAUUGGCAAAUCAGACAAAACCAUGUCUAGCUAUGCGGCUAAUCAUCCAAACUAUGGCACUGUGAACAAAUCGAGCGGGAUCGAGUCUGAUGAGAUGGAAAAUGCCUACGUGCAGAAGUUAAAGCGGCUGAUGGGGCCUCGUUAUUACACUCUGCGGAUCCGCUUGGGGCUUCCAGGAAAAAUGGACCGUCCCACAGAGUCCACCGGCCGGACAGUGACUCGCUGUGUUCUCCUGCUCUUCGUCCUCGUCUUCGCCUUCUGCUCCCUGAUCACGUUCGGCGCAGGUUUCAUCGCUGAGGGACAGUGGUGGGCUGUAACUCUGCUCGUACUGCUCGUGGUCUUCAUCUCUCUCCUCGUCUUCAUUAUCGUGCAGCAGCCGGAGAACCCGAAGCGUCUGCCUUACAUGGCGCCCUGUGUUCCAUUUGUCCCUGUCUCAGCCAUGCUGGUCAACAUUUAUCUCAUGCUCAAACUGUCGGGCAUCACCUGGAUCCGCUUUGCAGUCUGGUGCUUUAUUGGUGUGUUAAUUUAUUUUGGAUAUGGAAUGUGGAACAGCACGUUGGAGAUCACGGCUCUGGAGGAGGAAGUUCACGCCAGCACGUACCAGCGAUACGACAUGGGUGUUGACGACAACGUUGCUAUAGACGAUGACCUUUGCCCUCCGGGAGACUGGAAACCCCAAAGCAGGACCGAGAACCAGCCCCGAAGCUCAGAUGAGGUUUCAGAUCCUAAAAAAUCCUCAUCAUCCCGCAGCAGAGCUAAAAACAAGAACAUGGAACCCAGCUUCGAGGCUCUGGUGGUGGACGAUGACUUGGACGACCUGCUGGAGUGAAGACAGAAUUAAAAUCGUGGGUCCACGGUAACACAAACUCUUGGGCUAGAUGGUUCAAUCUGUACUCCAAAGGUUUAUUGCGCUAACUGACCUAUUUAUCUGUUUUUAAUUGGUAUUUUAACCCUUGACCCCUGAAUGGAUGCUAGAUAACGACUCCUCAUUCUAUAGGCCUCCUGCAUACAUUAGCACUUUGCUUCUUCUCACACACUCCAAAGACGGACGCUAAUUUCUCCUUUUUGGGAAUUGUAUUUUUUUAAGUUUAAUGUGUUGAGCUGCAGUAACUAGUGCACUGUUUCUCAGCCAUUAGCUGGGUCAUGAUCAAUGUUACAGCUUCUUCUGAGGAAAACAAACAGACCAAACUGUACGUUGGGUGAGAAGGUUUCAUCAGUGGAGCAUGGAGCUAAAACAGCAUUCAGCUAAAACAUUUCUGAUAUGUAAAACUGGCAGGAAUUCAAUAAGCUAGAGUCCAGUGAUGAUCCUCCAGAUGAACUUCAGAUGAGGACAAAUGAAACAGGAAGAGGAAGCCUAAAGAAACGGCCAAUCACCUGUCAGAUCUGUAACUCCAGGUGUGCUUUUUGUUUCCAAAUGAAGAUGAGAAAACAGCUCUUUGUUUCAUUCUUAUUUCUCUUUUUCCAUAAAAAUAAUUUUAGCUCUUUAACAUUUUAGAUGUUUCACUCGAGGGGCACGGUGGCUUAGUGGUUAGCACGUUGGCCUCACACCUCCAGGGUUGGGGGUUCGAUUCCCGCCUCCGCUUUGUUUGUGUGGAGUUUGCAUGUUCUCCCCGUGCCUCGGGGGUUUCCUCCGGGUACUCCGGUUUCCUCCCCGGUCCAAAGACAUGCAUGGUAGGUUGAUUGGCAUCUCUGGAAAAUUGUCCGUAGUGUGUGAGUGAAUGAGAGUGUGUGUGUGUGUGCCCUGUGAUGGGUUGGCACUCCGUCCAGGGUGUAUCCUGCCUUGAUGCCCGAUGACGCCUGAGAUAGGCACAGGCUCCCCGUGACCCGAGGUAGUUCGGAUAAGCGGUAGAAGAUGAAUGAAUGAAUUUUGGUGAAUGUCAAAAAAAAGUAAAAGCUGUUUUAUUUUUUCAUCUUGGAACAAAAAGCAGCAUGUCCUGAUAAGAGAACACCAACACACACAGCUGAUCCUCACUUCCUGCUGAAGCAUAGAGCCAUGAAUCAGUUACUACAGCUUUAGGUCCAUGGUGUAAAACCCAUGUCCAUGGUGGGAGUCAUGAGGAGCUGAAACGUCUGAUCUAAACAGGUUACCAGGUUCCAGGGAAUUCCUGCUUUCUUUUCUUCCAGUUUAUCUUCAUUUAUACUUGAAUCUCAGAGGGAUGUGGAGACACGGUUUUGUUUUGUUUAAACCUCUUAUUAGAAUCUUCUUUGUGUCUAACAUCUAGCCCAAGAGGUGGCGCUCUACACAGCCACAGUCUGCUUGCGAUUAGUGCCUUCGUUUGUCACAGUGACUGCUCGUUGCUCGUACUUAAUUUCGUACGCCUCUGUCUGUGUGUUGAUUUCUGUACGAGGAAGUUUCACGUCUCGAUUCUUUCUGGGUGUUGGAUCGUUUGUGCUUGUUAGCCUGCCAUGUUCCACCGCGUCCUCACCAGCCGUGUGCGCUAGCAUGAAGCUCAACCCCAAACCCCUUCCCCGAUCUCACGCCGCAUUCGCACACAUCCAACCAAUCAAGUUUGUAGGAAACUCCGCCCCCAUUCAGACAUUCAUGCCUUUCAUUCAUCUGUUUUAGCGAAUGCUCAGGUGUGAGAUCACGCUGGUUUGGUUUAUGUCUUUCUGCUGAUCAACACUUUCUUUUAAGAAAGAGAAGCAUGAAAGAAAAACACUCCACUUUACACGUGUAGUCGAUCAGUGAGGAAAUGAUGGGUUUAAAGUUGUUUUUUUUACUUGAGCUGUGAAGUGAACGAGUUCCUCACACACCACCCUAAAGUCUCUCCAAACUCAUUCCACUGUAAGAAACCUUACAUCCUUCAGUUGAAAACACACACACUGUCAACAAAAACCCUGCAGAUACGAGUGAGUACGGAGCUGAAAUAUUAAUGUACACAAUUCUGUAUUCAGUUCCACGGAGGCGUGGCUUCUGGAGAGGACCACACGGUAUGCAGUUACGUGUACAUGUACAGAGCUUUAUUUCAGGUCUUGGCCAGUAUGUGUGUAUUUGUGUGUGUGUGUGUGUAGGUUCUUGUCCAGUGCAUUUGUGUAUAGCAUGUGGAGUUUGGACAUAAAACUUGCAUCACUGAAAAAUUUGCAUGUGUGAAAAAAACAAAAAGAGACAUUGAGACAUUUCGUCUCUCUGGCUGUGUUUUAAUCCUGUUUUAAAUGCACCCUUGCUGCCUUUCCUUUGGUCCUCAAGUCCUGUCUACUGUUUAAAGGUCGUUCUGUUAGCGUAUGAGGUUCAGAUCAGAUCAGAUGGUUUUAUUAAAUCUUCUACUAGUCAUCCUGCAGGUGAUUAUUUUCCUCCACAACAAUCUUCCAAUUCAUUUUUUCUUUACUAAAGAAUUCCGUGUACAUUUGAUCUGUUUAUAGUUACAUUAGCAGCUUAAAGGAACUGUGAGGAAACGCUCGACAAACCCUGUCAAGACGACAUAUCUGUACGCUUCAGAGUUAGCAUGUUAGCAUGCAGGACGUGCACACUCCAGUGUAGUAGACAUGAACACUUUGGAGUGAAUGAGGUCAUGUUGAACAUGGUUUGGGACACAGAGCGUGACGCAGCACUUCCUUCUGUUUACAAAGCCAAAGUCUGCCGACCGCCAUUUUACUUCACAGCCUGAAAUUAAAUGGCGUCUGACGUCAAGAGCGCAACAAAAAAAAGAAUUGAAGGCACAAAAGAGGAAUUUAAGACAUUUUUUAUGUUUCAUAAAAAGGAGCCGUAUAUUGUGCUCUGGCUGAGAGCAGUAUAGUGUGCUGUGAUUAGCUGAGAGCAGUAUAGUGUGCUCUGAUUGGCUGAGAGCCGUAUAGUUUGCUGUGAUUAGCUGAGAGCCGUAUAGUGUGCUCUGAUUAGCUGAGAGCCGUAUAGUGUGCUCUGAUUGGCUAAGAGCCGUAUAGUGUGCUCUGAUUGGCUGAGAGCAAUAUAGUGUGCUCUGAUUGGCUGAGAACAGUAUAGUGUGCUCUGAUUGGCUGAGAGCAGUAUAGUGUGCUCUGAUUGGCUAAGAGCAGUAAAUAAUUAAAUAAAGUUAAGUUAAUAAGUUAACUCAUAUAUACUAAAUUAAUUCAUUGAUUUAAAACCAUAUUUGCAUGUUUGCAUAUGAUUCUGGGCUUCAAAUCAGACUCAAUCUUGUAGCGCACUCACUUUGUAUUAGGAUUGUUUUGAUUGUUUGGACUAAAACUCGCUCAACAUUUUUAGAAAUACAUUUUGGAAUUUUCUACAACUCACCGUGUUAUAAACAAACACUAGAACACAAUACUAACUUGUCAUCGCUAUGGAAACAGCCUGGCAGGAUGAACAGUACGGGGUGAUGAAAGCAUCAGAUUGGUGUUUGAUAACUGAUAAAAAUCAAAGCGCCUCUGCUCCAGGAGUGCACUCGGACAUUUGGAAACGCAGGUGUCUAUUUUAAAGAGCUCUUUUAGUUAUUUGAAAGCGUUCGUGUUGAUGGAGGUGGAUGGAGACUCCAGCACUAACACGGUGUUUCCACUGGAACAGAAUAUUUUAAUACAGAUCCUGAAGAUAUCGCCAGAUAUUUUAAUCCUCUCUGUGCAUUGUUGUGUUUGUGUGCAGAGUGUGUGUCAGGUGUGUGUGUGUGUGUGUGUUGUUCAGUGAGAUCAGCUUCCCGAUGUGAACUUGUUCUUUCUGUGCAUUAUGAAUGUUAUUAUUGUAUGAUUUUAAAUGAUACAAAAGAAGAAAAAAAAGACUAAAUAUAUAUCUAUAUAUCAAUAUAAAUAUAUAUCUCAUUUCCGUUUUUUUUUUCACCAUUUGUGGUCCUGCUGCCACGUCACACUGUGUGAUGCUGUUGUCAUGGCAACAAUGAAAGCUGUUUAUUGCAGACCUGAUGAAGCGUGGCUUUUGAUUUGUCUGCUUUUGUUGAAAUAAACACUGAUGUGAGUUCAGUCGUGAUCUGAAACACUACACUAGCGGGUUAGCGACAAUCCUAAUGCACUAACACAACUGUUUACAGUCCAGCAGCAUGUAAUAUCUGUUAGUGAAGUCAAGAGUUAUGGUGGGAUUUGGCUUAGGGACUCAUCCUAAGCAUUAUGUAAAGAUGAACGUUUAACAAGGUCAUAUUUAUUAAGAUUGAUUUAAUUUAAUUAAAACUUAUCUGAUUUUGCUAAUUAGCAUUUAGCA